AUGGAGGACAAGGAGUGGACAGCAACAGAUGAUGUUGUGGAAAUAAUGUUGUUGAUGUUAAUGCUGCCGUUGAUGGAGGAUGUUGGUGUUGAUGGUGAUGACAGUGAAGUUGAUGUUCAUGCUCAUGUUGAUAAUGGUAAUGGUGCUGAUGUUGAUAUUGGUGGUGUUGAAGAUGUUGGUAAUGGUGUUAAAGUUCAUAUUGAUGCUGGAGUUCACACUGAUGUUCAUGUCAAUGUUGAUGUUGGCAUAAAUGUUGAUAGUGGUAUUAAUGCUGAUACUGGUGUUGGUACCGGUGUUGAUGUUGAGGUUGAUUUUGAUAAUGAUACUGAUGCCCAUAAUUGUGUUGAUGGUGCUAUUGCAGCUACUGUUGAUGCUGAUGAUGAGGAUGUGGAUGAUGUCAAAGGGCACAUAUGUAGAAUUACCGAAAUCGUACAUGUUCGUGAAACCUGUAGAGUAACUCAGUUUCCAGGAAAGGUCUGUAACUUAACCCCCAAAAGCAAUCGAACGAAGCUCUUUUGUAUGAGCCAGAGGGUUCCUGAAAGCGGACCUUGGGUGAAGCUCAUUCGCCAAAGCAGUUCCAUGCAAUUAGUGAUCCAAAGGAAGCUGGAUAAAUUGUGUUUUUGCAUUGAUAACAACAAGGAUGUUAUAUAUUUUCUUCCAGGUCAUCAGUGUAAUGUUGAGACUCUUUUACAAACGCAGCUUAUGUAG